AACUAUGGCAACGUACAAAAAAAAACAUGUUUGAAUUCUCAAACAAUUUGAAAACUCAAGUUUGACAAAGGCAUAUAUUAUUCGAAACUAUUAUUAAGCCGACAACAUGGAUAAGCCGCAAAUGAUCGAACAUUUGCAUGAGGCCGUCAACUAUACGGUAUACGAUACGAAAUGGAUUCCGCUAUCGGCAAAAUUUGUGGUGCUCGGCUCGAAGCCAAACAGUCAUGGAAUUCUGGACAUCUACGAGCUGAACGAGGCCAAGCUGGAGAAGGUGAAGUCCGUGGAGAAGAAGGCCGCCUUCAAGUGUGGCACCUUUGGCGCCUCCUCACUGCGCAACCGGCACAUGGCCAUCGGUGACUUUGAGGGUCGCCUGCAGGUGCUCGAUCUGGAGCGCACUGAUCUUGCCGUUUACAAUGUGAAGGGUCACAACAGCAUCAUCAACUGCGUCGAUGCCAUUGGCGGGACGCAGCUGGAGUGCGGCUCACCCGAAAUUGUGACCGGGAGUCGCGAUGGUGCCGUCAAAGUUUGGGACAUCCGUCAGGGACAGGCGCCCGUUGUGGACAUAUCGCCGCCGGCGCAAAUGGGCGAUGGCAUCAAUAACUCCAAUUUAAGGCGCGACUGCUGGGCGGUGGCCUUUGGCAACACUUACAAUGCGGAGGAGCGCAUUGUUGCCGCUGGCUAUGAUAAUGGAGAUCUGAAGCUCUUCGAUUUGCGUGCUUUGGCCGUGCGCUGGGAGGCAACGAUUAAGAAUGGUAUCUGUGGUGUGGAAUUCGAUCGUCGCGACAUCCCAAUGAACAAGCUGGCGGUGACAACGCUCGAGGGCGGGCUGCUCGUUUACGAUAUGCGUACUCAGCACCCGACUAAGGGAUUCAGUUGGGUCGAGGAGCGAAAUGCGGGUCGCAGUGUGGGCACCAAUGGUAUCAUCAAUGGCCCAAAAGCCACUGUGUGGACUGUUCGCCAUUUGCCGCAGAAUCGUGAUGUAUUCCUCACGGGCGGGGGCACUGGUUCGAUUCGCAUCUGGAAAUAUGAAUAUCCCGAUCGGCGUUUUACGGAUGAUGCCGAUGGCAUCAAGGAGGGCGUAGCUGGGAAGCUGCAAAUGGUCAGCGCCGUGACGUUGAGUUCCCAGCCGGUGCACAGCUUCGACUGGCAUCCGGACAAACUUGGCCUCGCCGUCGCCGGUGCCUUCGACCAGAGUGUGCGUGUUCUCAUCACCACCAAGUUAAAUACGCUUUAAGCCUCUUACUUAUAGUAUUCAAUAUUUAGUAAAUUGUUUAAUAAACGUUUUACUUUUGCGUAAGAAAAUAGCACAGCUACAAAAUGAAAAAAAAAACCUAAUGAUUU